AUGCAACUUGCUAUUACUAAGCCAACAGUUCUUCUAACGGCAAAUAAUUACAAGCCUAUUAAUUGGUUUAUGGUAAAGCAUGAUAAUUCUAAAACUAAAAGAAAAGAAGAAAGAUCAGUCUAUAAAAUGUAUGCAUUUCGAUUUGUUGAAGCAGGCCUACGUCGUGCACUUUGGUAUUUUGGCCGAUCGGUACCAACUAAAAAAGCUAUAUUUGUUUGUCUUCCAAUAAUAUUUGUAUUGCUAUCAUUAGUUGGACCAAUUGUAUAUCGUCAACGGAUCAAUCUUACAUUACCAUUUGAUACAUUCGUCUCCUGUUUCAAUGAUCGAUAUCCGGCAACUGGACAUAGCAAUUUACGUAUAACAACACACAGUAUCUUAUCAUUUAAUGGUUCUAAUCCAGCGUAUAAUAUUAUUAAACGUAAUUCACCGGCUGAAUUUGCCGUAAUUAUGCGAUCAAAGUGA